AUUUCUUUCCUCUCUCGAGACAGAUUUCGAAUUGACUUCCCUCCCCAAACAAAUCGCAGAAAACCUAACUCUCACAUUUCUAGCUUACCCCCGGAAGCUCCACGGCCUACGACUCGUAGCUCAGUCUCCAGUCUCCACCCUCAGCUGUAUUCAGCCCAAUCGGCGAAGAUAAGCCAAGUGGAGAAAGAUGCUGAAGACCAACACCUUCAAGGGAGCAAACGUAUUCAUGUCCCGUAACCUCGUCCCGCCGGAGAUCUUCGACACACUCCUCGACGCUCUCAAGCUCAACGGCGCCGAAGUCUUCCCCUGCUGCGAUCCUUCACGGAACGGUCGCAACGACUACCACGUCAUCUCUUCUCCCGACCACGAGAAAUUCGAGGAUCUUAGAGCUAAGGGAUGUAAUUUGUUAGGUCCGCAGUGUGUUCUCUCAUGUGCUAAAGAACACAAGCAAUUGCCUAAGCAAGGUUUCACUUGUUGCCUAGCAAUGGAUGGUCUCAAAGUACUUGCAUCUGGUUUUGAUACGGAUGAGAAGGUUAAGAUAGAAAAGUUGGUCAAAGCAAUGGGAGGAGAGUUGUGCUCUAAGGCAUCCUUGGAUGUUAGUUUCGUAAUUGUGAAGGAUGUUUUAGCUGCCAAGUACAAGUGGGCUUUGAAUGUUCUGAAGAAACCAGGUGUUACUGCUAGUUGGUUAUACCAGUGCUGGACCGAGCAUCGUGUUGUCCCCCAAGACUUACAUAGGGUUCUUCCAUUAUGUGGCUUAAGAAUUUGUGUUACUGGAAUUGUAGGAGAAGAGCGGAAGAAGAUUGAGACGCUUAUCACUCAAAAUGGUGGAAAGUAUUCUCCUGAGUUGACCAAGCAAUGCACACAUUUGAUCUGUGAAGCUCCUAAAGGUGACAAAUUUAUAGUAGCUGCAAAAUGGGGUUGUAUAAACAUUGUAACUCGGAAAUGGCUUGAUCAGUCUAUUGCUAAAAGAGCAUGUCUAAAUGAGGAGUCAUAUCCUGUUCAGGGUGGUUCUGCAUCUUCAAGCACGAGCUUCCGCAGUUUCCUGACAUCAAAGUGUAGCCAGGAGAAGACUACCAGGCAGUUGCCAUCUGAGAAAUCCUCAGCUGCUAUUGAUUCAAACUCAGCUGUAUGUCAAUCAACUGGUUUCACAGAUUCGGAUGUGGAAGCAACUCUCUCCCAGAACAUGUCUUCUAUGUUCUCGGAUCCUUUCAUAUAUGUCAAAGAAGCCAAGAAUGAGGUUCCUGUAUUGCAGCCGACAAAUGAAACAAGCUUUAGCAAUUGUGUUGCCGAUGAUUCUCAAUCAGAAGACAACGAUUUAUACCUGGCUGAUUGUAGGAUAUCACUUGUUGGCUUUGCAUCUUCUGAAUCACGUAAACUAGUUAACAUGGUGCGCAGAGGUGGGGGCUCCCGUUAUGUGGUAUUGAAUGAUCAGUUGACACAUAUUAUUAUCGGAUCCCCAACCGAGGAUGAAAAAAGAGAGCUAAGGAGCCUUGCUGCUUCUGGGGUAAUUUAUGUAGUUAAAACAACGUGGCUUGAAGAUUGCGAUCGGGAAAAGAGAGAAGUUCCUGUUCUUAGACAACAUGUGGCCUAUGAAUUACUUCUCCCUAAAGAUUCUUUGAGAUUCAUAAAGGCGUCUACCGAUGGCAUAAAAAAGUCAGAUAGUUCUUUUUCAAGUGUACACUCCGAUGAGUUGAUUGUUGACUCUGGAAUUACAGAGGAACAUGGACAUCUAGAUUCUGUCAAGGCAGCGACAUUCCCAAUAGAGAAGAAGAAAGAGGAGAAGCAAGAAGUCAAUUUUGUUGAUCAAGCCUCUAAUCCAGAUGCAACCACUAGACAAGUUCAGGAAAACACAUUUCCUGUGCAUAAUGAUACAAAAGUUGUUGGAAAGAGGACAAGCCGUGAUUCCUAUGAUAACAAGUCUCAGAACAGGAUACACGAAGCUGUAUUUAAGGGAAAAAGCUUCUGCUUUUCAAAGAGCUUUCCUGCAGAUAGGAGAACGGAGAUCGUUGAGUGGAUCAACCAGGGUGGUGGUGCAUUAGUUGAUGAUGAAGUGCAAAAUGUGGAUUUCACAAUUGAAUGCCAUGGUAUCAUACCCACAUCUAUGCCCCACACUGCUUUUGUUUCCAGUCACUGGGUUCGUUCUUGUUUAGAGGAUGGAAUCCUGCUAGACAUCGGCGGUCACAUCCUCUAUUCCCCUCUUCCAUGUCAGGUUCCUUUGCCUGGUUUUGGAAGCUUCCGGCUUUGUGUUUCUCAGUUCAGCGAGAAAGACAAGUCCUUGUUCAUAAACUUGUGUGUUGUUCUCGGAGCGAAAUUUGCACACAAGUUGACAAGAAAGGUCACUCACUUACUCUGUAAGGAAACCUGUGGACCCAAGUAUGAAGCUGCUUGUAGAUGGGGGAUACCCUCGGUUACAGCCGAGUGGAUCUAUGAGUGUGUCAGACAGAAUAAAGUGGUUGAAUUGGCUCCAUUUCGCCCAAAAGAAGUUAGCCCGCAGGACCAGGAGACUGACUUAGCCAGUGUGAGCCAAUUCCCUUCUGAAGAUGUUUGGAUGACACAUGGAGAAACAACAUCAGAGUUGAGAAGUCAGUCGCAAGACGUCACUGAGGCCCAAGUCUUAACUCUUAAGAACAAAAUUAGCAGUAUGGUGGGAGUGGCCACACAAUCCAUAAAUCAGUCUAAAAAGGCACGUCAUGUGGAAACUGAUGACCGAACGAACCUGCCCUCUUCUCGAGUCUACUCAGGAGAUUGUAUAAUGAACAUGAACUCCAAUGACGGCGGCAAUGGCACAGACAGCAGAGAUUCUUCCCAUAUUGUUCCCGAUGUAGCUGCCGCUAUUGAGGAUUUAUUAGAACAGACAAGCAAAGUAAAGUCACUGGCAUUUGAUCUUUUCUCUCUCUCUAUUUAUCUCAGAGGUCUAGGACUGACUAAUGGUUUGAUUUGUUAUUGCUUUUUCAAGAUUCACGAACAUAAGUCACCUGAGAGAACUAUUUGUGACAAAAGCGUAUCCUUUUGCUUUUUCUUUUUGUGCAUAAAUAUUUUUCUGUCCUCUGUUGAAUCCUUAACUACGUAA